CUUGGGGGACGUUGGACAGUGGGACUCCUGUAGUGCGGAGGAGUGAAAAAAUCUCCGCUCCGCCUGCCCUCCCCUCGUUCCCCCCACCCUAUAAGUGGGGCCUUCGGUGGGUCAGUGUAUCCACCAGCCUGGGUAUCCCUCUGUUGGUGCCGCUCGGCGGGAGACUGAGAGUCCGGAAGUCCACUUGUGGGAGUUGCCAGGUGGUAGCUCGGAGAUGUAGGUCCCGUUUGGCUUGGUCAGUUAGAGACGCCCUGGGCUUCUCAAGAAGUGUGAGGGAAUGAGCGGUCACCAGCGCAAGGCCUCGGCAUCUGACAGGUAAAGCCCAAAACGAAAAGAGCCAAGAGAUUCCUUGAGAAGAGAGAACCGAAACUCAGUGAAAAUAUUAAAAAUGCUAUGCUGAUUAAAGGGGGAAAUGCAAAUUCCAUGGUGACACAAGUACUUAAAGAUGUGUAUGCCCUGAAAAAACCGUAUGGAGUUCUGUAUAAAAAGAAAAACAUUACAAGACCAUUUGAGGAUCAGACGUCAUUGGAAUUCUUUUCAAAGAAGUCAGAUUGCUCUUUAUUUAUGUUUGGCUCCCAUAAUAAGAAGCGGCCAAAUAAUCUAGUAAUAGGUCGUAUGUAUGACUACCAUGUGCUGGAUAUGAUUGAAUUGGGCAUCGAGAAAUUUGUCUCUCUGAAAGAUAUUAAGAAUAGUAAAUGUCCUGAGGGAACAAAACCCAUGUUAAUAUUUGCUGGUGAUGAUUUUGAUGUAACAGAAGAUUACAGAAGGCUAAAAAGUCUUCUUAUUGAUUUCUUCAGAGGCCCCACAGUAGCAAAUAUCCGCCUGGCUGGUUUAGAGUAUGUUCUGCACUUCACUGCACUGAAUGGGAAGAUUUAUUUUCGGAGCUAUAAGUUGCUGUUGAAGAAAUCUGGUUGCAGAACACCAAGGAUUGAGUUGGAAGAGAUGGGACCCUCAUUGGAUCUGGUUCUGAGGAGGACACAUCUGGCAUCAGAUGAUCUUUAUAAAUUAUCUAUGAAAAUGCCAAAAGCCCUCAAGCCAAAGAAAAAGAAAAAUGUCUCCCAGGAUACUUUUGGUACAACUUAUGGAAGGAUUCAUAUGCAGAAGCAAGACCUAAGCAAACUACAAACCAGGAAGAUGAAGGGGUUGAAGAAGCGACCUGCAGAAAGGAUAACAGAGGACCAGGAGAAAAAAUCAAAGAGAAUUAAAAAAAACUGAUGGAAUUUAGCCAGUGACUAUAAUGUUAUUGUAGUCUGUUUACUUAAGAGAAUUAUCAAUCAUCAGUCAUUUGUAAGUUUCUUACAAGAUUUUAUUAAAUGUUUUUAUAGUAUGAUAAUUUACCUAAACUAUAUAUUAUAUACAUUAGGAACACUAAUCUACUGGUAUUACGUUGAA